ACUGAAAUUCACUUUCAUUGUCAAUUGUCAUCAAAAUUUUCGUUCACAUACUCAAAAUCCCCAGUACAUUCGCCCCAUUCAUACAUAAAUAAAAAUUAAUAAUUAAUAAUCAACUCUCAAAAUGCAAUGUCCACCUCCUCAGACAGAAUGCGUUCACGUCGAUAUUACGGUACUGCCAUCAGGCCCACCCCCAGCAGAACCCUUCGAACCCACCAUCCCACGUAAACUGUUAGCCAUUUUGAACAAGUACAAGUACAAUUGGAGAUUGGAACAACUUGCAAAACCCAAAAUACAACGUCAUAAGUACCAAUCCAAACCUGAAGGAGAAAUUCCUCCAUCCAAACUUCCACCAAAGCUGAGCGAUGAAAUUAAAUUUUAUGCCGAUCAACUGGCGAAGCCUAAGCUACUGAACCUGUACGUUAAUCGGAGAUUAUAUGGCGGUCACACCAGAAGCAUAAUGAAGAAGUACAACAAAAAUAUAGGCAAAGCAUGGGAUUCCAUUUACAAUUAUUACAAGAAAAAGGAACGAGACCGAAAACUCAGACAACUUCGACAAAAAAGGAAAACGAAAAGCAAAAAGCCCGUAGUAGACCAGACAAUAAUUGAUAACUUGGCUAAACCAAAGCCGGUCUUUCAACCAGAGCCUGCCAAGAAGCCUUCGAAGGUAUUUUCAAAUUUUGAUCGGCUUGAUGAACUCGCGUCACCUAAACCUAGUCACCUAGAACCUCCCAAAAGUCUUGAGAUUAACCCCCUUGCCUUAACUUACGAACCUACAGAAAACAUUCUGAAGCUGUCAAAACUGCCUGCCAGGUUGUUAAACUUGCCUCCACCUCUUGAACCAGGGAAAGUACGAAGAAGUGCUCUACGAUACAAAGCAUCUCCGCGAAUCGAAGCGAUGGCACAACCGAAGAAAAGCAGUGAAAAAUCCAAGGAAGAUGAAGACGUUGAUCCGUGGGCCAUUUCGAAAAAUGCUUUGAAAUACAAACCAACACCGAGAAUUUUAGAAUUGGCUAAACCAGUGGAAAGAGACUAACGUUUAAUUGUAAUAGGAAAAAAUUCGUUUAGAAACUCUUAAGGAAAAAGUGUAAAACAAUGGAACUAAAUAAAUAUUUGUGUCUUGCCGUA